UAUGACAGGCGUGCAACGGCACACAUCCACAGAGCACUCUUCAAAUCAUCUACACAGUGGUUAUCCAACUAGGAUUAUAAAGGCACACAUUGACAUAGACUUCUGUUGCAAUCAACGACACAGUCGCUAUCCAAGUAGCAUUAUAGAGGCAACCAGUACACCUAUCCCCAUGCUAGAAUUCAGGGCAGCAAUCACUAAUGUGCUGCAGCACUAUGCUACCAACAACAUCUCCUGGGAAAUCUGCGGCUGGUACAAGCCUGGUAUUAAAGCCACCGACGAAAAAGUGCAGCCGCCCACAUUCCACCUCACGUCUGUCCGACCAGCUGCAAUCCUCGAGGACGCCCCACUGUACCACCUACCACACAUUGCCAAUCCACGCCUCCAAGUUGAAAUAGCAGUCGAACGUCCUUGCCAAUUUCACAUCGGCCACAACCAAAGGCAAACAGCAGCAUGACGAUCGCAACCACACCUUGCCAACAAUCCGGCGCCUUCGACAUCCCGGCAAAAAUCACCAGACCUGCCCGACAUACGUUCCACAACAAGGAGACCAAAACGCCCUGCACCCAGCCUCGUCAUUCAGCGCUCAAGCACAUCAACCAGGCAGCAAACCACACCACCAACUUCGGACGUGUCCGAUGACAACUAACUUACUCCAACCAUGGCCAUCAUGUACCACAGUUCAGGGAAUAGACUUUCAUAACGAUCGAAUCUCAAACUACGCGGCUCUUACUAAUCCACAUCAGACAUUCCUUUCUUCAGAUAUCAUGUCUCAUUCUUGCCUCACCGGAGACAGUCUGUACUGUACAACCAAAUCAUAAUGCUCAAAUUAUACACAAUUUACAUACCGUCCAUGUGACUAAUUACCUCAAAAUGCUGCUCCGUUUGUGGCAACUUCUGCUACCCUACCACAGUGAAAACAUAACACUGCUGAUAUUGUUCACUGCUCAUGUUGGUUUACCUAGCUGCUGCCUAUAGUCUCCCUUUAACUGCGGAACACUUCAAAGUCGAUAAAAUGCCAUGUUCCACCUUUUAAUGUGUUCA